UUCGCCUGAUCGUUUGUGUACAAUGAUUUUAAUAUAUCCGAUAAACUUGAACGCAGCUCCUCUCAAACCGGAUAUUUUGCUUCUGUGGAUAAUUUGGUGAGGCUACAAUCAGCCAGAAAAAUACAUCGCAGAUGAGAAAUGAAUGUCUUCAAAAUACAAUAAUCGUUAUUACUGAGUCAGUCGUCGGAUGGAGUUCUGGAAGAGAGAAGCUAACUUACUAAUGAACAUAUGAAAUACAUAUGUUCAUAGAACAUAUGUAUUUCAUAUGUUCAUAGUAGCCGUGGACUGUCUCAGUUCUCAACAUUUUUGAUAAAUUAGUGAGUUAAGUAUUGUCCUGCAGGAUGCUCAGAGAGUCGUAUCCCUUCGUGGAGGACAGCUUCAGCCGCUUCCCGUCGCAGAGCAACAUUUACGGGCUGUGUCAGGCCGGGGAGCAGGAGCUGCUGGCCGCCACCCUUAAAGGGAAGGUGGUUAGCUUCAGAUACCAGGAGCUGCAGCACAAAAUCCGACCUGUGGCCAAGGAGGUCCAGUUCACCUACAUACCAGUUGAUGCAGAGAUUGUAUCAAUUGAUGCCUUCAACAAGUCUCCACCCAAAAGAGGCCUGGUGGUGGGCAUCACGUUCAUAAAGGACUCUGGUGACAAAGCUACUCCGUUCCUGAAUAUCUACUGUGACUAUGAGCCCGGCUCAGAGUUCAACCUGGAGUCUAUUGCUCAAAGUUGCCUGAAUCUGGAGUUGCAGUUCACACCCUUCCAGCUUUACCAUACAGAAGUGCAGUGUGACGAUGGAGGCAGUGAGACGGUGUUUCUGCUCAGUGGUCACGACCAGAGGAUCCACCUGUACAAGGAGAACGCCUCCCUCCACCAGUUUGAAGAGCAGCCAGUGGAAAGACUCUUCCCUGAACUACAGCAGCUGCCCAGCAACGUGUUGUGGUUGGAUGUGUUGAGUAUACCUGGCGGCCGGCGACUGUCUGCGUUUGGCUGUCAGAACGGCUUCGUUGGACUGGCUCUGGUCAACCAGACUGGACCAGUGGUUUUGCAGAGCUGGCGGGUCCAGUUCGACAGUCCAAUCUCUGUAGUACUGCUGUUUCCUCUGAGCUGCCAAACUGAGCCCAACCAGCCCGGCGGACAGAAAAGAAUGCAAAUGGAAGGAUACAACCUUCUGGUAACCAGCACCAUAGAGAUGGCGGUUGUCUAUAGAGAUGUCCAGGACCGCGGUUUGUCUCACUCCAUGUGCCUCUCAGAGAGUGACCAGUGGGACGCAGUGCUCUGCGCUCUGGUCAUUGACCUGGAUUUUGAUGGGCAGAAGGAAGUGCUGUUGGGAACAUAUGGACAGGAACUUCUUUGUUACAAAUUCCAGGCGACAGGAAGUGGACGAGAUGGCCACUUUCAGCUGCUGUGGAGGCGGAGCUUCAAGAGUCCUUUGCUGUCCAUCAUCUACUUAGACUUGACAGGGGACGGUUUGAGGGAGCUGGCUGUCCUCACACUGAAGGGACUGCAUAUCUUACAGCAUAGCCUCACCUGCACUGCUCAUUUGGUCCUGGAGCGGCUUGCCCAGAGGGUGUCAGCGCUGACAGCCGGCUCUGAGCUGGAGUCAGCUGAAGCUCAAGACACUGAGGAGAAGGAUGCUCCUGCAAAGAAAGAGGAGUGCACAGUUCACACACCAUCAAAUUAAGAAGUGUUCACCUGUGAGUCCCAGUGGUUCAGACUGAAGCGUUUGCCUUAUUUAAGGUGCCAUGUGAAGGAUUUUCUGAGGGUUGCGUUUUCCUGAUCAGUUAAAUUUAGUUGUGAUGACAGACUCUAGUUAGAAGAUCAAAGUUCACAUUCACCAUUCAAAAAAGUAACACUGCUUUGUGGUUUCAUACUUAAGAUACUGUAAAAAAAACUGAUGAAGAGUUCAAAUUAAACCAAGCAAAUGCAGUGACACACAUUGGCUUCCUCAGACUAAUCCCAUAUCUGUGAAGAGUAAGUUCUUUGGAAUUAUGUAAUUAAGUUGUCGACUAUGAGAUGAUGUGCUGUAGAUAUUGUACAGCAAUUUGCAGAUAAUAAAUGACACAUUUGGGUCUAUA